UCGAUAGCACAGCGAAAAUUCGUCCACGUCACCAGAUAUUCACCAUGCAGCUCAUCUCUGUCCUUACUGCCUUCGCCACCUUUAAGGUCGCCGCCGCGCUUCCCUCGGCCGUCAAGGGCGCCAACGACCUCGUGACCCGCGAUGGUCUAUUGGGUUCCAAGCUUUGCACCGACGUCAACUUCACUGGGAACUGCGAGACCAUUACCAACGUGGCCGAUGGUCUGAAACCUAACCAAUGCAUUCUUCUCGACUCUCAUCUCGCAUCCAAAGGGGUCUCCUCGAUUCAACCUCUUGAGAGGUCGUGGUGCACUUACUACCUGACCGCCAACUGCCAGGAUGAUAGCUCGGACAACUGCGGACACUAUGAUGCCACUUCUCCCAUUGACGAUUUGACGAAGGUGAGCCCGACGAAUUCGAAUCACCAAUGCGGGGGGAACAUGGACAAGAAGAUUGCCAGUUUUAUGUGCCGUCCUUUUUAAAGAGGAGCGCCCGUGAUCCUUUGAGGUGGGAUCCAUUGAGGUAUUGAGUGAUGUGAAAGGGAAGAAGGGAUUAAUCCAAUGAGGUGUUGUGCACAACAAACAAUUUGAGACUGUUUCACAGACUGGGCGGCUGAUUGCUAGGAUAAGCUCUCGCAUCAUACCGCAUUUUCUAUGCCGGGAAGCAAGCAGGAGCGAGCACGUAUGUACGAUGCACCGUUAAUGUCAAUUAGGUAUGCUUCCAGCAGUUUUUGC